AUGGAGGAUAGUGAGCUCAGCGUGGAGGAUAGUGAGCCCAGCAUGGAGACUAGUGAGCCCAACGUGGAGGAUAGUGAGCCUAGUGCAGAGAAUAGUGAGACUAGCUUUGGGAAUAGUGAGCCCAGUGUGGAAGAUAACGAGCCCAAAGCAGAGAAUAGUGAGCAUAGUGUAGAGAAUAGUGAGCCCAGUGCAGAGCACAGUGAGCCCUGUGCGGAGGAUAGUGAGCCAAGCACGGAGAAUAGCAAGACCAGUGCACAGAAUAAGAAUAGUGAGCCCAGUGGAAAGAAUAGUGAGCCCAUUGUGAAGGAUAGUGAGCCCAGCGUGGAGAAUAGUGAGCCCAGCGAAGAGAGUAGUGAACCCAUUGUGGAAGAUAGUGAGCCCAGUGUGAAGAAUAGUGAGCCCAGAGUGGAGAAUAGUGAGACAAGCAUGGAGAAUAAUGAGCCCAAUGCAGGAAAUGGUGAGCACAAUGUAGAGAAUAGUGAGGCCAACGUGGAGAAUAGUGAGUCCAUUGUGGAGGACAGUGAGCCCAGCACAGGAAAUAGUGAGCCCAGCGUGGGAAAUAGUGAUCCCAGUGUGGAGGAUAGUGAAUCCAUUGUGGAGGAUAGUGAGAGCAAAGAAUAG